AUGUCUUUACAACCAUUCAAUAAAAACUUCUAUAAUCCACCACCGGAAGUAUUAAAAAGGUCGCCUUAUGAAGUUGAAGAAUACAGGAAUAAACAUGAGAUCACUGUAAGUGGGCUGGAAGUACCAAACCCUAUUCAGUGUUUCGAAGAAGGUAAUUUUCCUGACUAUGUAAUGCAAAAUAUUCAAAACAUGGGCUACAAAGAACCAACCCCUAUACAAGCACAAGGUUGGCCUAUAGCAAUGUCUGGGAAAAAUUUAGUUGGGAUAGCUCAGACUGGUUCAGGAAAAACUUUGGCUUACAUUUUACCAGCUAUUGUGCAUAUAAAUAACCAGCCACCUAUUAGACGUGGGGAUGGUCCUAUUGCACUAGUGCUUGCACCGACUAGAGAACUAGCUCAACAGAUUCAACAAGUUGCUAGUGAUUUUGGUAAUACAGCUUAUGUUCGCAACACAUGUGUAUUUGGUGGCGCCCCUAAAAGAGAACAAGCUCGUGAUUUGGAAAGAGGAGUUGAAAUUGUGAUAGCAACACCAGGCAGACUCAUUGAUUUCUUAGAUAGAGGAACUACAAAUUUACAACGGUGUACUUACCUAGUUUUAGAUGAGGCUGACCGAAUGUUGGACAUGGGUUUUGAGCCCCAAAUCCGUAAGAUUAUUGAACAAAUUCGUCCUGAUCGCCAAACGUUGAUGUGGUCAGCAACAUGGCCCAAAGAAGUAAAAAAAUUAGCUGAAGAUUAUUUGGGUGACUAUUUACAAAUCAAUAUUGGGUCACUUCAACUUUCAGCCAAUCAUAAUAUUCUACAGAUUAUAGAUAUUUGCCAGGAACAUGAGAAAGAAAACAAGUUGAACGAAUUGCUACAAGAAAUUGGACAAAAUCAAGAGCCUGGUGCAAAAACAAUAAUAUUUGUUGAAACUAAAAGAAAAGUGGAAAAUAUAACUAGGAAUAUUAGACGGUUUGGUUGGCCAGCUGUGUGCAUGCAUGGUGACAAAACACAACAAGAACGAGAUGAUGUUCUUUAUCAGUUUAAACAUGGGCGCGCCAGCAUUCUUGUUGCAACUGAUGUUGCAGCCAGAGGACUUGAUGUGGAUGGUAUAAAGUAUGUUAUAAAUUUUGAUUAUCCUAACUCUUCGGAGGACUACAUUCACCGGAUUGGUAGAACUGGCCGCUCAAAAUCAAAAGGCACAUCAUAUGCCUUCUUUACACCUUCGAACUCGCGUCAAGCUAAAGAUCUUGUAAAUGUGUUACAAGAAGCUAAUCAGACUGUGAAUCCACAGCUACAAACAAUGGCGGACCGUUGUGGUGGAGGUGGAGGAUGGAAUAGGAACAGAUAUGCUGGUGGACGUGGAGGUGGUUCCUUCAAACGAGGAAGUAAUUUCGGCAGAGGCAAUGGGCAAGCUGGUGGAGGAGGACACAAGAGAUUUAAUGAUUAUUGA